AUGAAACGUGGCUACCGAGAAUCUCCUUCAUCUUCAUUCGGUCCACCCCAAUCUAAAUCUAGACAUAAUUCUCAAGGUGAUGCGAAUUUUCUGGACGAUGAAACCACAAAGAAUUUUGCUCAGAAAGUAGCUGAUCAUUACAGCGCAAGAUCAAACCAGACACUGGAAGAACGAGAAGCUAGCCCAAUAAUUCAUUUGAAGAAACUUAAUAAUUGGAUUAAGAGUGUCUUAAUUCAGCUUUACGCUCGCCGAGGAGAUGCAGUACUUGACCUUGCCUGUGGCAAGGGUGGUGAUCUUAUCAAAUGGGACAAGGCCAAAAUUGGAUAUUAUGUUGGUAUUGACAUUGCGGACGGUUCAAUCAAAGAUUGCCGUACCCGUUACAAUGGUGACGCUGACCAUCAUCAACGACGUAAAAAGUUUUCAUUUCCUGCUCGCCUCAUGUGUGGAGAUUGUUACGAGGUUCGUUUGGACAAAGUUCUUGCAAACGAUGCUCCUUUUGAUAUCUGCAGUUGCCAGUUUGCAUUGCAUUACUCCUGGUCUACAGAGGCUCGUGCUCGGCGAGCAUUGGCUAAUGUGUCAGCUUUACUUCGUCCCGGAGGCAUUUUCAUUGGAACUAUGCCAGAUGCCAAUGUGAUUAUCAAGAAGCUUAGAGAAGCUGAAGGGUUGACUUUUGGCAACAGUGUCUACUGGAUCCGUUUUGACGAAGAAUUUUCUGAUAAGAAAUUUAAAUCUUCCAGCCCCUUUGGAACCGAGUACACGUUCCAUUUGGAGGAUGCCGUUGAUUGUCCUGAAUGGAUUGUCCCCUUUGACGUAUUCAAAUCAUUAGCUGAAGAGUAUGAUUUUGAGCUUGUUUUCGCAAAGAACUCACAUGAAUUUGUUCAUGAGUAUAUGAAACGACCGGAAUUUGUGGAGCUCAUGCGAAGACUUGGUGCGUUGGGGGAUGGCAACCAAGAUCAGGGUACACUAUCAGCUGAUGAAUGGGAAGCAGCAUAUUUAUAUAUGUCAUUUGUAUUGAGAAAGCGAGGCCAACCUGACAAAAACCAAGCGAGCAACAAAAAAGAUCGAGGAUUGAUGCAUAUUACAGAGGAAGACAUAAUGUUUAUUAAUGGCAAUGACUAUUGA